AUGGUCGUUAUCAUCCUCAACUCUUCCAACACCACUUAUUGGAUCCCCGCUUAUUCUCUCAACGACACCGUUUACCAUUCCUACCUUUUCUACAUCUUUGCCUUUGUUCAAAUAUCGAUUUAUAUAUUUACUGGCUACUUAACCGUUAGAACUUGCUUUAUUUUUUUCCGCAUUAAAGUGUUCCAUGAGAAUAUGAAUAUUCUAAUGGCCUGGUUUUUGUGCCAAUGGUUUGAGGCUAUACUGGCCAAAUGCGUAGUUACUCCAUAUCAAAUUGGCCUUAUUUCAAUUGUCAUGGACCCGGAAAAAGUGUAUUAUGAUUGGUGGGCGGAGGACAAAGAGGAUUUGGUGCCAAUUCGAGAAAAUGCAAAAAUCUUGCCCUUACUGGUCUCCAGCUAUUUUAUAUGGCAUUAUUUAUAUUCUAUACUGUUCUCUGUAUUAGCCAUUGGUCUUGAAAGAGUCGCUGCUACGUAUUAUAUUCAAGACUACGAAAAUGUCCGUCGACGUCAUAUUCCUGUUCUCCUAAUUAUUGCAACAAAUUGCAUUUCAAUUCCAUAUGCUUUUGAAACACUGAAUAAUCAAGUAUCUCUAAUUUUAACUUGUAUUCAAAGUUUCAUGAAUGGGGCGAUUAUUUUUUUUGGGUAUCUAGUUCUAUGGAGAGUUAAUAUAGUCUGGAGAGAUAGGAUAAGCAGUUUGAAAUGGUCACAUAAUGAGAAGUAUUCGUUGGCGAGGAAGUUUCAAAUCGAGGAGAAUAUUAAAAGUUUGAGGCUCGCUCGAAAGCUGGUUAUCUCUGCUGUAAUUUUCAUCUCCGUCGUCAUUGUUCUUCUAAUUUGUCUCGGCUUCGAAUUGACUCAUGGAUAUGACACAUUCUUUGUUUACGCAUUGGACAACGCCAUUUUUUUGUAA